GACGGUGGCGCGCACGUACGGAGGUCCCCCUCACUCGCUGAUGGAGUUGUGGAGCUGCUCACAUGGCGCCAGGCACCUCCCGGACAGUCUCCCCCGGGCCAGAUGUCAUCUCUGCUGGGGUUUAGCUACACGAACCAGGGGAUAUCGUUUAAGGAAGACGGUCGCUUCCAGCUGGUGUGGAAGUCUUCGUGGAGUUGCUUGGCUAGCUCAGACGGCGAACGAAGUUGUGAGCAGCCCCUAAAAACUUGAAUACAUUUAUUUUUAAUCAUUCUUGAGUCGUUUAGAAGAAGACAUUUUGCAGAGUUUUUAAGCAGGGAUUUUAAAAACUGGCCUGUGCUGACUCUACAAGGUAUUCUUUGGAACUACUUACAUUUAAAGCGUAGCCAGUCAGAUGUGCCUUCAGGUCCCCUGUUUCUGCUGGGGGGAUGGCAGCGUCUGCCUUAAACCUGAACAGUUUUGAAAUGAUGAACAGCGGUAAUCAGUUUCACAACCAGCAAGGUUCCACUGGUACCAGCUCCCGAGAUAGCUCCAAGCUCCCGGUUGGCAGGCCGGUGCUGCAGGUUCCUGAUCGGGGGACCUACUGUCAGCUUUUGGGUGGAGGUCACUACAGCUCAACCAGCCCUAAAGUACAUAUGAGUGACACUCUCACCACUGCCCCUCGUACUCGCUCCCCUUCGCCGCCGUGCCCGGGCCUCCUCGGGGUCAAUGUGGGCCAGCGCGUCCGACGGCUGAGCUCGCCCAGCUGCGAGGAGAGAGCUGAGCAGGAAGAGUUGGGAGCAUUGGGAGGAUGUGGAGUAAAGCAAGAGGAGAAGAGACGCCAAGAUCAACUGUUGCAGAUUCACAGAGAGCUGCAGAACGUGGAGGUCAAAGGAAAAGUGGGCAUUUUCGAAGCCCACAUUUCUGGGAUGCGUGCCCACGUGCUUAACAGCGAGCUCCAACGCAGCCCUCGCUCGGCGAGACGAGGGACGACGGGCCAAGUCCCACCCCACCCCAGCCAUUGUAACGCAGACCACCAAUGUUCAAUGACCCGCGCCCAACACAGUCAAGUUCCUCCUGUUUUACAAAACGGGAGAGAAGGGGAGGAUGAAGAAGGAGAGAGAAGAAGAGAAGAAAGUAGUGUCAUUAAAAUAAACUACUGCGAGGCAAAUACAUUGUGUGGUCGGAAUGGUGGCCUUUCAGAAACAAUACAAACUUUAGAUAGACCACUUUUUGUGCACAGUCCCCCGGAGACUUCGGAGCAGCUGGAAGCUAAAGAUGGAGAUAUAAAAGAGGACAGUGGGGAAAAGGAAAAUAAACAAACAGCAGGAGAUGACGGAUAUUCAAGGACGAGAGAAGUGAGAGCAAGACACCAGUCGGGUCCUAAGGUGUUGCUCCAGAUAGAGGCCGACAUGCUGGAAGCUAACCCCGAAACCUCUGCUUCAUCUGACCCUCAAAGAAGCAAGAGUCCCCCUCUUCUGCUGCAUCAUCCCUCUCCCUCCAUCCCCGCCGUCAUUGUCACAGACCACGGUCUAGAAGGCCUUCUUCAAACAGCGGAUCAUGGGGGCACCCCUACCCCUAUCCCUGGCCCCGCGUCCAUAUGGAACACCUCAGCACGCUCCCUCAGGAAGCUGUCUUCCUCAUCAGCCUCUUCCGCCGGGUUCUCCUCGUCUUGGGAAGAGUCAGAGGAGGAUAUUUCCAGUGACACGGAGAAAGGGGAACAACUUCUCAACCCUGCGCAACUCAGCUGUCAACAGAAAGCACACAAGUCAUGGAAAAAGAUCAAGAACAUGGUUCACUGGUCUCCAUUUGUUAUGUCCUUCAAAAAGAAAUAUCCCUGGAUACAACUGGCAGGACAUGCAGGGAGCUUCAAGGCUGGAGCAAAUGGACGCAUAUUAAAAAAACACUGUGAAUGCGAGCAGCGCUGUCUGUCCAUGCUGAUGAAGGACGUGCUUUGCCCCUAUGUCCCCGGUUACCAUGGAGACAUCGAGAAAGACGGACAGAAGUACAACCAGAUGGAGGACCUGCUAGCUGAGUUUGAUUACCCAUGCGUGAUGGACUGCAAGAUGGGAGUUAGGACGUAUCUGGAGGAAGAGUUGACCAAGGCCCGGAAGAAGCCCACCCCGAGACCAGACAUGUACCAGAAGAUGAUCGAGGUGGACUCUGAGGCGCCGACGUCCGAGGAAAAAGAGCAGAAGGUGGUCUCCAAGCCCAGAUACAUGCAGUGGAGGGAGACCAUCAGCUCCACCGCGACGCUUGGCUUCAGGAUAGAAGGAGUCAAGAAAGAGGACGGGACUGUGAACAGAGACUUUAAGAGGACAAAAACACGCGAGCAAGUGAUGGCGGCGUUCCGUGACUUUGUCAAAGGCAACAACGACAUACUAAAUUGUUACAUAGCCAGGCUAAAGGAAAUCAGGGCCGUUCUGGAGAUGUCACUGUUCUUCAAAACUCAUGAGGUUAUUGGCAGCUCCUUGUUGUUCGUUCACGACAGCAAAGGGAGAGCCAAAGUGUGGAUGAUCGACUUUGGGAAGACCACUGCUCUACCAGAAGGAGAGGAGCUAAACCACCAUACAUCCUGGCAAGAAGGAAACAGGGAGGACGGUUACCUUUUUGGACUGGAUAAUUUGGUGGACAUCAUUUCUUGUGUGUCGAACACUGAAACUUGAGUUUUAUUUUUAUGUAAACCCAGCAGAAAGGUUCAGACACACACAUUAUUGCCUUAAACGUUUGGGAAGGACAUUGCACGUUUGCAGAAAAACACUCAAGCUUUCUAAUGUCUUAUGGAACAGAGCAAGAAAUUCACACCUUUAAUGCACAUUACAAGUUACACUUUAGUGACCCCUGGUGGAAGUCUGAGGAAAGACAAACUUAUUGUUUCGUUAUUUGAAAGAAACCACAUACAACUUAUGCAAACUGGUACAUUGCCAUUAUAACAUAACAUAUAAUAACCUCCAAUGUUCAAAACUAACCAUUCAGGCCUGAAAAAAAGAUUAUUUAAAAUAUUUCCAGCUAUUUCUAAGUAUAUGUAAGAUUUGUAAAACAAAAAUAUCUUAAUUUCAGAAACUUGCCUGCACUUCAGAUGAGUUAAGUAUGUUUUACUUUCUAACUUUAGUGGAGCGAAAUUUUAAAAUGACAGCUAAAUUUACACAAGCUCUUACCUGUUGUGUUAUUUUGCUCCUGGGAUUUGUUCAAACGCUGUACAGUAAGUAGAUGAUUGUUUUUAUUGUAUAUUUUUUCAGUUGAACAUGAUUUUAGUGCACUCCAAGUCCUGCUGAACACUUACUUUAUUUAAAAUGUCUUACCCUCAUUUGUAAAUUAUGGCUUAUUAUUUUAGGUCUUAAAUGAGUGCGUGUUUAUUCGGGUCAUAAAGGUUGCUUUUGAAUUUGUGCCUCACUAUUUAUGACAUAUUUGGUUUGAGCUGAAAGUGAAGUGUGUGUUCUACCACCUUAUCUCAUUUGGAAUCUGAUGAUAUGACAGAAGAGAAGACCAGACUCACACUUAUUUUGUGAAUUGAUGGAUGCUACAAAUGUGUCUUUUUUUCAAGUGGUAUUGUGCAAUCUGUGCCUUACUGUGCAGUCUUCCUGUUCAACAGCUAGGAGUGUCAUGUAGCAGCCGGAGAGACACUUGUUUUUGUUGGACAAAAAAUAUUGAUUUUAUUUUGAAGGGUCAAUCCCGGCAAAAGUGCUCAUGUUUCCGGUUUGUUGUGCCACACUUAUACAUUGUGUUGAGUACAUGUUUGCAGUGGCUUAGAUGUUCACGUGGCCCAUGCAGUGCCUUCUUUCAUAGUUUCAGUUUUGUUUUUACACACUAAAAACAUUGUAACCCGACAUGUGCAGGUAGUUGACUAGCUUUGCUUUUGAGUUAUUUAACCAAUUCCAGUCGUAAAUAAACCAAGUGGAUUCUGUUACAUUACAGUUACUACUAUUUAAGCUACAAUGGAGAAAACACGUCUUUAAAUAUUGCUGUGAUACCAAAUCGUUGACAUAUGUCCCCGAAUGUGCACUUAAACAUUGUAUUAGCAUGUAUUAUAUUUGCUGGUUUGAAUAUUUAUUAUUAUAUGGAUGGUUUCUUAAAAGAAUGGUGAAAACAUG